CUCGAGCUUUCUCAGGGCUCUCUCUCUCUAAUUCUAACCAAGCGAACGAAGAGAGAGAAGAAAAUGGCCCUCGCGAGCGGCUCUACUCUCUCCUUCACCAACCCUCUCCACCAACUCUCCCCAUCCUCCGCCGCAACCGCCUGCGGCGGCCAGCUGCACCACUUCCCCUCCCUCCGCCCCACCCAGCCGCGCCACGCCGGCCCCCGCCCGAUCUCCGCCGUCCACGCGGCCGAGCCCGCUAAGAACCCUGCCGUCGCCGAGAAGCCCCCAGCUUCCGCCCCUGCGGUGGCGCCGGCGAAGUGGGCGGUGGACAGCUGGAGGUCGAAGAAGGCGCUCCAGCUGCCGGAGUACCCGGACAGGAAAGAGCUGGAGUCGGUGCUCCGGACGAUUGAGAACUUCCCGCCGAUCGUAUUCGCCGGCGAGGCCCGCCACCUCGAGGAGCGCCUCGCGGACGCCGCCGUCGGCAAGGCCUUCCUCCUCCAAGGCGGCGACUGCGCCGAGAGCUUCAAGGAGUUCAACGCCAACAACAUCCGCGACACCUUCCGCAUCCUCCUCCAGAUGAGCGCUGUCCUUAUGUUCGGCAGCCAGAUGCCCGUCAUCAAGGUGGGGCGGAUGGCGGGCCAGUUCGCGAAGCCGAGGUCGGAGCCGUUCGAGGAGAGGAACGGGGUCAAACUCCCGAGCUACAGGGGAGAUAACGUCAACGGCGACGCGUUCGAUGAGAAGUCGAGGACGCCGGAUCCACAGAGGAUGAUCAGGGCCUACUGUCAGGCGGCGGCGACGCUCAACCUCCUCCGGGCCUUCGCCACCGGAGGCUACGCCGCGAUGCAGCGGGUGACGCAGUGGAAUCUUGACUUCACCGAGCACAACGAGCAGGGUGACCGGUACCGAGAGCUUGCCCACCGAGUGGACGAGGCACUGGGGUUCAUGUCAGCAACAGGGCUGACAGUGGACCACCCUAUCAUGACAACGACCGAGUUCUGGACCUCUCAUGAGUGCCUCCUCCUCCCUUACGAGCAGGCCCUCACUCGCGAGGACUCCACCUCUGGCCUCUUCUAUGACUGCUCUGCCCACUUCCUCUGGGUCGGCGAGCGCACCCGCCAGCUCGACGGAGCCCACGUCGAGUUCCUCCGUGGCAUCGCCAAUCCCCUUGGCAUCAAGGUAAGUGAUAAGAUGGACCCGAGGGAGCUGGUGAAGCUUAUAGAAAUACUAAACCCUCACAACAAGCCAGGGAGGAUCACAAUAAUUACAAGGAUGGGGGCUGAGAACAUGAGGGUGAAGCUGCCCCACCUCAUUCGAGCGGUCCGUGGAGCUGGCCAGAUCGUCACCUGGGUCAGCGAUCCCAUGCAUGGGAACACCAUCAAGGCCCCCUGUGGCCUCAAGACCAGACCUUUUGAUGCCAUCCGGGCGGAAGUACGAGCAUUCUUUGAUGUGCAUGAGCAGGAAGGGAGCCACCCUGGAGGCAUUCAUCUGGAGAUGACGGGGCAAAAUGUGACUGAGUGCAUUGGUGGCUCUCGAGCCGUGACCUUUGACGAUCUGGGCUCGCGCUAUCACACCCACUGUGACCCAAGGCUCAACGCAUCGCAGUCUCUGGAGCUCGCUUUCAUCAUUGCAGAGCGUCUUAGAAAGAGGAGGAUCCGCUCGCCGCACUUCACCAAUUUGAGCUCUUUGCCCCCAUUGCCCUUCUGAGUGCAUGAAGUUUGGUAUAAUCCGCAAGUUUGAUAUAAGCUCGUGUAUCUCGCGAUGUACUUUAUGUUUACGUUACAUGUUUGUAAUGGAAUAAAAGCAACGGAAUGGUCGCUGUCACAUCAAGUGGUUGGGUCGGAAGACCGUCUGUGUGGUCGAGAAGGCAUCGGGAAGGCAGUGUGGUUGGUGGGGCUAAAUCUUUUUGUCGUUGGGGUAGACAUUAUUGGUUUAAAGCAUGGUGUUCCUUCAUCCCACUUAUCGUUCCUUGUCCA